AUGACUGACCAGACAAGCUCCAAGAAUUUGUGUGGUUUAACCUUUGUUAUUAUUUGGGCCGGAGAGGAAGGGAAGGUUGGCGCGAACCGUACAAAGAACUCGCUCGAGUUCACGCACGACGAUCAAAACAAAGAGUAUGUAACUAUAAAGCAUAGAGAACAAACCAAGAACAAUCAAGGCGGUUCCAAGCAGAAAGAUCAAGAUUACACCGAUGUCAGAAUGUAUGGGUUACCCGGUUCGUCGAUGGAUCCCACCUCAUCGCUGAAAUUGAUGCUCAGUAAACUUCACCCUUAUUGUGAAGCCCUGUUUCAGACUCCUUUGACAAAGUUCUCCAAGGCGGCAGAUUGCUGGUACAAAAACGAGCCCUUGGGAAAGAAUUCUAUCGCCCAUUAA